AUGAUCGGUAAAGCAGUCCUUGUAUGGUUUAGCAUUUUGCAAGCAAUCUCGAACGUCGACAGCCAAUCUGCAAGCAGAUUCGAAGCGGAGCCUAACCUACCUCUCGAAAUCCAAACUUGUACAGUUGGAAAAGGCUGCAAAAGAAUUCCAGGAAGCAUAACUUUGGAUGCUAAUUGGCGCUCAGUAAAGGAUUUGAGUGGACGACGGGAUUGUUUCAAUGGCACGGCUUGGGACAAAUCUCUCUGUCCUGAUCCGGAAACGUGUGCCAAGAAUUGUGCUCUUGGAACCAUCGAUUACGAAAAAGAAAAAAUCGCCACCCAUGGUAACUUGGUCAAUCUUAAAUUGUUCAAAGACAACGGGCGAGAUGGAUCAAGAAUUUAUCUUCUGGACGCACAAGAUCGAUACCAAGUUUUUUUUCUCUUGAACAAAGAAUUAUCCUUCGAUGUAGACGUGUCUAGAUCUUCAUGUGGAGUAGCGGGCGGGAUUUACUUUUCUGCGAUGAAACCCGACGGCGGGAAAUCAAGCACUAACCAAGCCGGAUCCAAGUAUGGGACAGGCUAUUGUGAUGCACAAGGGCCCAGGGACAUGCAUUUUGUCGAAGGAAGGGCAAACCUAGCCAUAGGGACCGCUGGCGGGGAAGGCGAAGUUGGCUACGCUUGCCCAGAGUUGGACGUAUGGGAGGCAAAUUCGAUUUCUCAAGCUUUUACAGUGCACAAUUGCCAAGACGCGAAGGCUACGGUUUGUCGGGGGGAGAAAUGUCGCGGAUUGUGCGAUGGGCCCGGAUGUGAUUUUGCGUCUUUUCGAAUGGGCAACACCAGCUUCUAUGGGCCAACAAAAACUGUCGAUACAACUAAAAAAUUUACCGUCGUAACUCAAUUCAUCACCUCCGAUAACACCGACAACGGGGAACUGGUGGAGAUACGGAGAUUUUACAAACAGGGUGGUCGAAUAAUUCAAAACAGUAAAGUGAACCUCCCGAACGCUUCGCCCUUCGAUUCCAUAACAAAUCAAUUUUGUGAUCAAAUCGAAACAAUAUUUGGACGUUCGGGCGGUUUUCGAAAACUUGGUGGACUUGGGAAGAUGGGAGCUGCGAUGCGUAAUGGAAUGGUUCUAGUGAUGACAAUUUGGGCCGAUAAGGUUCGAGGGAUGAGCUGGUUAGACGGCGAGAAUUCGGAUAAAACUCAUCAAAAACCUGGUUCAGCGAGAGGAACUUGCCCGCCAGGUGCUGGCCAGCCAUCCAACAUGAAGAAGCACAACCCAGAUGCUGCUGUUGAGUUUUCAGACAUUCGGGUGGGUCCGAUCGAGUCAAACUUCAACUUCAAGCCACAGGCUAUGUAGCC